AAAAUACAACAAGAAGCAUUUUCUUACUGAUUUGCUAGUUCAAGUUAGAUAAUUGUUUGAGGAUUACGAACAUGACGGUGGCGAAAGGGAGCUGAAAAAAAGUUGAUAUACUUAGAUACUGAAGAUACAGCUGCUGAAAGAGCAAUGAUGUCUAUGACCAAUAUUGUGAUAGAGUGGGAGCUGGAUGGCUCUUUAAUCAACCCCUUUACUCAGGGUCUAUCAAAAGUCAACAAGUAUUUUGAUCCCCAUUAUACGGAUAAAUUUAUCGAUACCGUUACAAGCUGUAGAGCCGAGCAUUGCACCCAAGCCAAAAGGAUCAAAAGAAAGAAAUGUGUGAAUACGGUCGGUGAAAUCAUGUCAUUAGUGUCAAAAGUGGACAGUAAAGAAUGGGAUUUGGUAAAAUUGGACCCAAUACGAGCAGCCAUUCUUUCCAAGGCUUUUAUGAAUGGGAAACACGUAAAAAGUAUUUUUUUCUUUUUUUGCACCAUUGGUUCUUCAAUUAUCCUCUAUGUUUCUACCAAUCAGUUUGAAGGGUUCACUAUGAAUUUGGAAUUAGGUACGGUAGCUCUGCCUGCAACUUAUGAUGAUUUUCCCAAGGUCGUAAAUGAGCUUGAUAUCUUGUGCAAUAUCACAAAAGACUGGAAGAAUAGACAGGAUUGCAUAGUCGCACAAAAAGAACACGAUUUAUAA